AAAAUUUUAUGUUGAAGGCAGAUAAAUUUGCCUUGUUGUGUGGUUCUAGUAUUUUCGUAUCACUGGGCUCUGUUUUGCGAUUACGCGAGCGUUCGAGAAUUUGAUGCCCCCAGCGGACUAACGCACGAAGUAGCACUGUAUCGCAUAUUUUACUUGAAUACUCGUUUUACAGCGUUCAUUGGUUAGCCGUGCCGCCCAUGGGGACAUGCUGUUGUGCGCAUGUGUCACGAUAAAAUUUUGUGCCGCAGAGCGUGCGAUCGAGGUCAUCAGACCACAUAAUUCUGGACCAUAGAUAUAAAGGAAGCAGCUUCUCACAGGAAAAAUGUUUGGUAACCAGAACCCUUUCGGGACCACCACGGGAUUUGGCACAGGGGGAACCUUCGGCUCGACGCAGCCAACGGCAUUCGGUCAAACGGGCAGUGCGUUUGGAACCUCUGCCUUUGGUGCCACAACGACACCCAGCACAGGUGGUGGCCUCUUUGGAGGCACAACAACACAGACUGGGAGCCUCUUUGGAAGCACAGGAUCCAGUUUUGGCCAGCCUUCCACGUCUACGACGCCAGGCUUUGGUUUCGGAGCACCUGCAACUGGCUCGUCCAUGUUUGGAACGAUGAACCAGCAGCCGGCAGCGAGCACGGGAAUCUUUGGCGCCUCUUCCUCCUCAUUCGGGCAGCCCCGACCGCAGUUUGGCAGCUCCUUCUCCACCACUACGCCUGCCACUGGCACUAGCCUCUUUGGCCAACCUCAAAGCACAGGCCUGUUUGGCCAAACUGCUGGAAGUUCUCUUUUUGGAUCAACAGCGUUUGGCACUGGCUCUGUGACCACAGGCACCACAAUAAAGUUCAAGCCACCAACGGGCACUGACACAAUGAUGAAGAAUGGCGUCUCCAGCACCAUCAGCACAUCUCACCAGUGCAUCACAUGCAUGAAGGAGUACGAGAACAAGAGCUUAGAGGAGCUGCGCCUGGAGGAUUAUGCUGCCAACAGAAAAGGUGGUGGCCAGGCGGGCAUGGUAGGUUUCGGGGCAACCACUCAAUCGAGCUCCAUCUUCAGCACUCCUGCCACUCAGCAGUCAACGUUCAAUUUUGGUGCCACCCAAAACAAGCCGCUCUUCGGCACUUCCACUACUGGUAGUUUUGCACCUACUGGUGGCUCACUAUUUGGGCAGGCAACAACGCAGAGUCAAAAUGUGUUUGGUAAGCCAACUGGCUUUGGUAUGACAACACCAGCCUCCACCUCUGCUUUUGGAACCAGCACUGCAUUCGGGACCACUGGAACCUCUGUGUUUGGUCAGCCACAGCAAAAGUCCCUGUUUGGCCAGCCAGCAGGCACAACACUCUUUGGGAGCACAACUGCUACAACACAGCCUUCCACAGGAUUCGGCACAGGUUUUGGCACUACGUUUGGUGCUACAACGCAGCCGAGUGCUUUCGGUGUAAGGCCAACAUUUGGUGCAGCCACCACAUCUGCACCUUCCGGCUUUGGAUUUGGCAGCACAGCCAACACAGGGACAUCAUUGUUUGGGGCCAAGCAGCCAUCGCAGUUUUCCUUUGGGGCAACCACGCCAGCGUUUGGGGCAACCAACACAACAGGCUUUGGAACAUCGACUGGCAGCCUCUUUGGUGCAACCAAGACGACGCCAUCCUUUGGCACUGGCAGCACUCCUGCGUUUGGCAGCACGGGCUUUGGCAGCACUCCUGCAUUUGGCACAGCUGGAACAAAUACUACAGGGGGACUGUUUGGUUCAACCACUGCGGCAAAGCCCACAGGCUUCAACUUUGGAGGCACGACUACUACUACACCUUUCACAGGCUUCGGCCAAACAGGUGUUGGGACUGGUUCUACUUUUGGCAGUACUGUACCAACCAUGGGAAGCACGGAUCCAAAUGCAGCAGCGAACCAGCUGCAGCAGCAGCAAACACAGCAGCUGCUCCAAUACCUGUCAACCAAUCCGUAUGGAGACAACCCACUGUUCAGGAAUGUGCUCAAGGAGACCAACAAACGUGAAGAGUUGCUGAAGCCCACCAAUCCAGCAGCGCAGCAGGCGUUGCUCGCCUCUCACUACAAAGUGUCCCCCGUGCCAGCACCCAAGUUACGGCCAAAACCGGUUGGAGCACAGGCAGGCAAGACAUCAUCACUUUUUGAAGGGCUAGAAGAUGAAGAAGACAUCAUUGAGCCAUUUACUCCUCGCCAAAGUGUCAAGACACUGAUAAUCAAACCAAAGGACACUCCGGACAAGCUUAGUGCCAGCACUCUCUUAGCUUCCCCACCACUUGCAACCAACCGUUCGUCCACACCGAUCACUCAGUCAUCCAGUAGUCCAUCCUCUAGGACUCCGUUGGCUGUUCCUGCUAAGGACAGUGGUCUUGUGGACGGCGCGAGUGUCUACCUGGCCAGCAGUGAGCCUAGCUUCACAGCACCAACAGUGCAGGUUGAAAAACCUGUAAGCAAUCUGCAAAGCUUGGAUGAUGCAGUGUCAUCCCUUGAGGUUCGUGGCCGCAAGUUGCGCUUCAUGUCCAGCUCGGAAUCCCUGGACGACUCUUCUCAGGCUGAUCCAGCACCUGACCCUGCGAAACCCCCCCAUCCUGCAGGCAUUGUGCUCACUCGGCCAGGGUACUUCACCGUUCCUUCUAUGGACGAGUUAGCAUCUAUGGUGGGCCCUGACGGGCACUGCAUCGUGGAAAAUUUUUGUGUGGCACGGGAGGGCUAUGGCAAUGUCUACUUUUCUGGCCGCAUGGACGUUGCACGACUCAACCUUGAUGAAAUUGUGCACUUUCGUCGCAUGGAGAUCACAGUGUACCCUGAUGAUGACGAAAAGCCACCUGUGGGCGAAGGCCUGAACCGUAAAGCACAGGUUACUCUCGACAAAGUGUGGCCAAUCAACAAAGUCACUCGAGAAUCAAUCACAGAUCCGGAGAAGCUCAAGGCACUUGGUUAUCAAGAAAAAUUGGAGAGGACCACUGCCAAAAUUGGGGGUCGUUUUCUGGAGUACAGGCCGGAGACAGGUUCUUGGGUUUUCGAGGUGAAGCACUUUUCCAAAUAUGGUUUGGACGAAUCUGACAACGAAGUUGAUGAGGCCGCUACCCAGACAGCUACGUCAGCAAAGUUGCCACAGCAAGCAGCUGCCACAAAACCUGCUGAUGGUGCUGUAGACAAAAUCACUCAGAAACCUCCAUCGGCGCCUGGAUCCUCUGCUACUUUCAUGGCCUGCCGAGAAUCUGACACUGCAGCGGGAUAUCGUUCUGAUGAUGAUGAUAUGGAGGACAUGGAGCCGUCAUCUGCUGGAACAGCAGACAGGCCUGGCAGUGAUGACGCACUAUCACCUGGGGCUGAUGCUGCAAGCUACAGGCCAGUGACUCAGCAGCUAGCAGAAGCACUUGGCCUGAGUCCAGACGCAGUGCAGAGCAUGAAGGAGUCCUUCUUCGGCCGAGAAGAUGAGGACGAUGAUGAUCACGAGCUAGCCAUCACUCAUCCACGCCUUCAGAGAGCUCUGGUGAGCGGUGGUUCCUACCAGAGCCCCAUUCACUUCGAUCGUACCAGAUCGUUGUCGUCCACGCCCACACAAUCCAGAGCAGCAUCCCGUUGUCGUGCUGCUGCGGCUGCCUAUUCCCAACCAAAUGUGAGCCAGGCCUUCUCAGAGUUCCUCCCUUCUCACGUCCUUUCUGGUGCCGCUCCACUGCCAGGAGAUGCAAGCCAGUGCCCCACAGGCAUUGUGAGAACAGCUCACAGUGACGUCCUCACAUCUGCGUUCAGCAGUCCAGGCUGUGUGCCAGCUGCUGAGCAGAUGCUUCGGAAUCGCACACUUGCAGAGCCCAUGGUGAUUCCCAUCGACGUGGAACCUGUGCCCCUGGCUCAAUCUUUGUCCUACGAGUGCCAGCAUAUGCUGGCGGAUGCCGCUUGCGUGGCUGGCUAUCGUGCUCGGUGUGGCUGGGGACCACGUUGGACGCUGACUCACGUGGGCAAAGCAUUAAACAGAAUUCUCGAUGAUGAACCCAUGGAGACGGCAGGGCACGUGGGCAUUUUUGCGGGACAGCGCUAUCCGAAGCCAUCCCCUUCAUUUUCCAUCUCCGUGGAAAGAGUGGCUGUUGACUUGCACACAUUGAGACCAGAUGAUAUUCAAAAGAAAAACGUGGUAGCCAUGUUGGAAAUCCAACUGGUACAUUCGUGCUGUUCACUGGAAGGGGGCAGCCCUAUCUUUGCACCGAACCCUAGUGUGGACUGCUUGCAUGACCAGGAUGCCCUUGUUGCAAGGCUUGCAACUGAAAUGGGUCCUGGUCAUGCCGACGCUGCCAUGAUGCGGCAGUUUCACACCAUUCUUGGUCUCUGUGUUGCCCUGUGGGGUCGCGCACCUGGUUGCGACCCUGAAAGUGACGACGUCACCAGGUACUCCUAUGCAAAGCGUCGCAAGGAGGCACUCUCAGACUGGCUUGUGGAUACUACGAAAUCUAUCAUUGAAGCUGAAAUAACAGACCAUCAGAGAAAAGAGGACAGCGAACUGCUGGUGAUGCUGAGCUAUCUGAGUGGUCGUGACAUGUCCAAGGCGUGUGCAGUGGCUCAACGGUCUCGAGACUACCGUUUGUGUCUGUUGCUGGCUCAAAAUGGUUCCAACCCAGUCAGCCGCCACAUGCUGCAGAAACAACUGGACCACUGGAAGAAGUUCAAGCAAGAUCGAUACAUCAAUCCAGAACGACUCCGGGUCUAUGCCCUAUUGGCUGGACUGAUGGUUUGGCCAACUUCAGACCCAGAUGAAACAAUUAACUGCUGUGCUGACCUCGACUGGAAAAGGGCUCUGGCACUACAUCUUUGGUACUACUGUGCUCCAACAUGCAAUAUCAGCGAUGCUGUGGCUGCAUAUGAAGCUGCGUUUGAGGACUCUGGACGCGGACACUGCGGCCCUACUGCGCGGCCCCCAUACCCGCCUUGUCAUAAAGAUGAUGUAGGUGAGGAGCCGUAUGUGUUGGACCCUGAAGCACCGUUGGACACAUGCUUUCUGCUACUGAAGCUGUACUGUGAUCAGUCCCAGAGGUUGGACCGGCUGCUGGCCCCAGUGUCCUCUGUGUCUUCUCAACUGGACUUCAGGAUUAGCUGGCUGCUGCACAAGCUGCUGCAGUCCUUUGGCUUUGGCCAUCUGUCCGCAACUGCAGCCGAGACCUUGCACACAAGCUUUGCAGCACAGCUCGAGUCGUGGGGCCUGUGGCCUUGGGCAGUAUUUGCUCUGCUGCACUUGGAGGAUGCCACGGGGCGCCAAAAAGCCGUCACUGAGCUUCUUGUGCGACACGCGUCAGGUUCACUCAGGGGCUCUGAUCCUGAGACUGGCCUCACCGAAGAUGAGACUUUUGUCUGUGACAAACUGACUGUUCCACCUGCUUGGGUUUACCAUGCCAAGGCAAUUCGUGCCAGCACUGAAGGCAACUUCAAGGACAAAGCAAUCUUCCUUCUCAAGGGUGGAAUCUGGAAUGAAGCUCAUGAAACCAUCGUCCGCCACCUUGCCACAGAGGCUGUCAUUGAUGACAAGCUUGGCGAGCUUGCAGAGCUCUUGCAACCCCUUAUAGAGCACAGUGACCAAAUCCAGAAUUGGAGCACAGGUGGCAAAGUUUUUCACGACUUUCUUUGUGUGUGCAACACCAUGAAGAAAGCGACAGAGGGUGACCUUGGUACAUAUGACCUUGAAGCGAUCCGACCAGCAGUGCUUUCUCUGUGUGGUUCGAUAUCCAGCCUUGUAUGCAGGACAACAAGAGACAGGCUGUGCCAGACAGAGAUAGCAAAGAAGACUGCUAUGGUCCUUCAGCUUAUCACCAGUGCUGACAGUGGUGCACCAGACAGUGCUAUGCAUGCAGCGUGCCACAACAUCGAACUGCUCUCCAUGCCCGAGGACUACUCGAUCGAGGACUUUGAAUUGCUUGCUCGUACAUGUACAGAAAACGCGAUCCUUUGUGAUCUUGCCAGCUGAAUGCCUUUGCUGAUUGCAAUUUUUAUGUCACCUUGCCAGCCUAUUGUUUCUGUUUGUUUCUCUAUCACUCGCUUUCUUUUUACUGUAUUAGCUUGUGCGAUAUGAUGUCCCUCAGCUCUCUUGGCACUAGUUUUUUUUAUGCUAAUGGAUUUGAAUUCAUUGCUUGUAAUGUGUGAUUAUGUCAAUAUUUGCAUAAUUAUUUUUACGUUCUGCAAUAGUACUUUAGACAUUUCACUGAUAUGGAAACAGUACAUAUGUACUACAUGGGAUUCUGUGGAGCUGUGCUUAAAAAUUUAUAUAUCAGGACAGCCACGUCUGCUCACUGUGAGCCCAUGUUUCCUCCAAGCUUUUUUUUUUAAUAUUGUAAACUUAAGCUCUCCUCUUCAAAAGUAUAAACGUUUAAUGCGAUUAACAUUCUAAAGUAAAUGGGGAGAAGUGUUUAUAAUGGUGAGGAACCUGAAUUUGCAUUGAUUCCCUGAUUCUUCAGCAUGCAUGUGAAAAUGUAUUUUACAUCACUGUGAAUACGCGUGAUCUCAUUAUAGCCAGGAAUAAUCAAAGCCCUCCUUUUUCUAUUAUAAGUAGUGUCUAAAAGCUUCAUUGUGAUGUAACGUGCUUGGGUUUUUAGUUUUGUAAAAUUCUAGUUCAGUUCUUUACCACAAUGAAAUGCUAUGAGUAGGUUGACAACCCACAUCUAUCUGGAUACCAUUACACUUUCAAUUUUGGUAACACUGCAUGUGAGAAAUUUGUGGAAGGAAAUUUUUACUUUUUAUAUAUGAAAUAGUCUAACAAAGACUAAGGCAGGUAAAGUAUUUCAAGACUAAGACAGGUAGGGGAUUUCUCGGGAUGGGUGUUGUCUUGUCUUUAAGCUUAAGGCCUUGUUCCAAGCUAUUGGUAUCACAUCGACAUCACCACAAGUCGUUAAUGCUGUUUAAGUAAGAGUUAAAUAAUACAGUGAAAAUUGUAAUACAUAUUUUAUCCAUUUUUGUAUUAUACAGAAGAGUGUACUUUUGAGAUCCAGCACAUCAGUUUUCACAUACAUCAUUAUGUAAUUAAAUUCAAAUGUCAGUGAUAUUAAGCCAUUUUGUGACUCCUUAAAUAAAGGAAUGUGUGAAUA